AUGGAAAAUAACCCAAACUUCUCCAGCAGCCCUCCGGGGUCUGCAAGGCCACUGAAUAUCUGCUCGCCAGACCGCGUUAACCAACAGAGACCCCAUUCCGCCCUCAUGUCCACGAUACGAAACGAGCUACGGGACAGCUCCGUUCACGAGAAGAUUUCCCAAUUCAACAGCCUCGCGAGCCAUGGAAAGCAGCUCGAACGCAAGACGGCAGACGCCGCGCUCACAAGGGCCCUUAUCGGCCGCGAAGAGGCGGAAAAUGAGGUGCGGAGAACUCGCGAGGAGAAUAGAUUGUUGAGAAAAGCCCUUGAAGACGGCAAGGAAAGAGAGAAGCGAGUUAGUGAGCGCAUGGAACAGGUUAUGGACCAAUACAUCCGCUUAAAAGAAAUGCACCAACAUACGCAAGCGAUUUGGGAAAAAGAGAUCCGACGACAACGAAAGGAGUACUUCAAAGCGCACUCGGUCGGAGUUAAACAUGCGGAAGAACUCAAGUUGGCUAAGGAGUCCCUAAAGACAGCCGAGUCCAGCCUCGUCAAGGAGAAGGAGCGCAGUCGCGCUCGAGAGCAAGAAGCCUUCAAGGCACGCUAUCAGAUUGUCGGAGUGCAAGAGCAGCUCGAGCAGGCGUUGGAGAGGGUCAAGGUCGUCGAACAGGAACGUGAUGCCUUCAAGACCCUGGCGAAGAACGAGGAGGUAGCUCGCAUCGCUGCCGAGGGCUGUAUACCGCUUCCCCCGGCCGACGAUGCGGACGAUGAGUUUGCGUCCCCCAAGAAGAAGCCCAGGGCAUCCUUGUCCGUCGUGGACAUUGUCUCCUCUGCAGCUAGUGAGCAAGAGAUUGAGGAUCUCUCCCUGCAGCUCGAGUGGGAGAAGAAGCGCGCGGACCGGGCGCAAGAACACGUUGACUUCCUCCUCGCAGAGUGCGAGCUACGCUCUUGCCCAUGCGCAAGGUCGAACAGACGGACGACCUUGCUCUCGCCUCGCCGCAUGCGACCUCAGAAUAUUGAGAUUUUGGACGCUGCUGAUUUGGCCAUUCUUAGCAAGAGGGCCGCCGACGCCGAAAUGGCCAUUCCAGAAUUGGAGGCUCAGGCUAGAGCCCCUAUCCAGGAGGAGGAGCAAGAGGCAGUCGUUGCUCUGGAGCCCAAGCCCAAACCCAAGGAAAAGCGACGAAGCACUAUUUUCUGCCCUAAGGAGGGCAUCUUCCGCACCAUCUCGCAGGAAGAGGCUGAGGCUCUGGAAAAGGUUGAAGAAGAUACCUAUACCGAACCACCUACCCCUGUCGAACCUAGGCCGGAUCAUCCCAAGUACGCCAGGACUCCCUCCGUCGACCCGCCUUCCUUUGCCCUGCUAGCACAGGAGCGAACCUCUCUCCUCUCCCUCCUUAACGCCCCCCAUGAAGACAUGCAUGAUGAUUAUACCGACGAUCUCCCCUCGAUCCCGACCAUGUCCGACAUGUCCAACGAGGACAACGCCCGAUGCAUCGUCUAUGAGGAUGAGAACGCUACGCCACGCGCUCAGAUGCAGAUAGACACGACGGAUGUAUCGCGGCCCCAUACCUCGGCGGCGUUCUACACGGUCACCACCACGACAACAGUCCCUCUACGAGAUGAUAAGAUCCCGGAUGAGUCCGACUUCCAGAACCGCGUUCGGAGCCAGUCUCGGGGCAGCCAGUCGUCCUUUGACGCCUCCAACCCGGCUUUGACGCCGACCAUGACGCGGGAACAGGCGCUUGCUCAGAUCCGUGAACGUCGGGGGCGUGCGCGAAGCGCGGCACAGGGAGCCGCGACGCCACGGAGGCAGAUGGUUAAGGGUGUGGAGAGGAGGGACAUGAGUGCGCCGAUGGCGCGUCUCGCUAACAAGUCUCGAUCUUAA